GGAUCUACUUCGCUCAACCUCCAAUUCGAUGGUGAACGAAAUGUUAGAAGCUGGAGCUCAGCGCGCUGUGGUGUUUCGAGUUGGAAGCAGUCCUAGCCAAGGGAGAAAACGAGACAUGCAGGUUCUCAGGUUCGACGCAGAAGGCCAGCCUUCAGUAGUGGCUACCAUCGAUGGAUCCAAACUCAAUCUGCAGGGGAAGCCUAUCCAGCCAUCCGCCGCAAUGCUUCAUUCUUGCGAAGAACGUUUGAUUUUGUUGGAUGAGGCUUCGUCCUCUUCCUCCUCUGCAUAUCCGCUUCUCUUCGACUUGGAAACACAGCGCAUCACCGACCGCAUUUCAGUGGAUGCGCAACUCGAGCACAUCUUGCCAGCGACUUCAGAGUCAAAGGGUCUGUCAGACCCAACAUUUAUUGGUCUCAAUUCAAAGGCCUUUUUCUGUAUCGACACCCGAGUUAAAGGAGGGUCGGCCAGGAAGCACUCGUACACCUACUCCCAAAAUCAAGGGUUCUCUUGUGGUGCAACGAACGCUGAAGGCCAUCUGGUGUUGGGAAGCGGAAAGGGAGUCUUGCGCCUAUACGAUGGGAAAACAAACAGCGAGGGCUCUUUUAAAAGGGCGAAAACACAAUUGAACGCUUUCGGAGAUCCAAUUCUCCACAUCGCCGUGACUAAAGACGGAGCUUGGAUUCUAGCGACUUGCGCACGAUACUUGCUCCUCUACCCAGUACGCCUCCAAGGGAGUGCCAAGACGGGAUUUACUUCUCCCUUGGGGGCCCUCAAGCCAAAGCCCAUACUACUGCGCUUGAGCUUGGAGGAUGUCAGUCGCUUCAACCUGCAAACCUGCGCUUUUAAGACGGCCGUCUUUGACGCGAAGGAACAACACAUCGUUACAAGCACCAACAACCUCGUUAUUAUCUGGGAUUUCGUAGCCGUGAAGAACGGCAAGACUGACGCUUACCAAAUUCGGAGAAUCAGUGACUACAUCAAGGAUCUCGCCUUCUUUGAGGCUGGAGAUAGAGAGGCGGUCCUCAUGGUGACGCCGUGUUCAAUCACCACGCGUGGUGUUCGUAGAGUGUAUCAAGACUGCGAGAGCGAGCCAGAAGCUUAG